CUCUUCCUUUCUAGGCGCUCAGAGAUAUUUAGUCUGCCAUCCGUUGAAUGACUCUCAAAUCAACAAAUUCAGACUUUUCUUAUAGGCUUACAGAAAGCAUCUUGUCUGCCUCUACAAGCCAACCAUCUACAGUUAACCUAAAUGCCCAUCAUCAUAAUCAGAGUAAAACAGCAAGGCUUGUCACUAAUUUGCCUCCGAAUUCCGUUGUGGUACAUCCGAAAGACAACGAUUCAGCUUUCAAUACUUAUCUUGGGGACCAUUUUAAGGAAGAUGCGCAGGUCCUUUUAGAUCGACUUAGUGUAAUCACACCAGUUACAUCAUCUCGCAAUAACAAUAACAAUAACAAUAACGACCAGCGCAAAAUCUCCAAUGUCAAUUUAUGGACGUCCUUAUCAAAUAACGAAGCUGGUUCACAGCCAAGAAAGCUUGUCUCUAUUAGAGACGAUAAUCCUUGGCAUGAUUAUGAUAUAGUUUUCCAAGGCAACCAUAAACCACCUUAUCAUGAAAGGCUGCGACACUCACCAGACAGUUUACAUUCAUUUGGUGCAUUCCUAUUCUUGUUUGGUUUUCUAUGUCCGCCUUUGUGGUGGUUAGGCUCAUUUUAUCCCUUCAAGUGUAGAGGAGAAGAGACAGACAAAGACGUAGAAAUGAAAAUGAUGAAGAAAUGGAGAACGCUCAAUAGGUUUUUAUCGCUUGGAUUCAGCACUUUAUUAAUAGUUGUUGUCAUUAUUCUUUUAGCGUUGUAUAAAAGCUUCCGCGCAUAAAUGAAAUAUACUGAUAGAGUAUAUGAACUAUGAGACC